AUCGUGAGCAUGUUUUUGAGCCAGCUGACCUAGCUACAUUGCUUUGCAUUAGGAUUUUUACUGGCUGCAUCCCGCGUGCAGAGGACCUUGGAAGACCCUCAAGCCACGCAAUGGAGGCAGUGUCUUUUGAAGAUGUGUCUGUAAACUUCACUAUGGAGGAGUGGGCUUUGCUGGAUCCAUCUCAAAAGAAGCUCUACAGAGAUGUGAUGUGGGAGACCUUUAGAAAUGUAGCUGAUUUAGGAAGAAACUUGGGUAGUAAGAAAAUUGAAGAUGAGUACAAAAAUUUCAGGAGAAACCUAAGCAGUGAAGAAGUAGAAAAAUAUGAUGAUUAUGAAUUGUGCUAUCAACAUGAAGAAAUGAAUUUCCAGGCUUCAAAUAUUAAUAUGAACACAAAACCAGUUGCUAAAAUACCACAAGAAAGCCUUGGCUCUAGAAAUACCUUAAUUGAUCUUUCAUCACUCAAUGUGCCUAUUAUACCAAACAGUGAAUUCAAAUCAUAUGAAUAUCAGGGACUUGAAGACAAGCCUUCUAGCUGUAGUCAGUAUGGGAAAACCCACACUGAUUUCCAGCCAUCUCAGAAGCAAGCAAAGAUAAACACUGGAGAGCAACUUUAUGAAUACAAGCAAUGGGAAAAAUUAUAUUCUUACCACACUGAAGGAACUACCAGUGAAGAGAAAACCUGUUUAUAUGAGCAAGAUGUGAAAGCCCUCGCUACAACUAACUAUGUUCACAACUGGGAAAGAAAUUACAGUGGAGUGAAUAUCUAUAUAUGUACACAAUGUGGAAAAAGUUUCAAUUCACACCAUUUCAUUCAAAUACAUGAAAGAGCUCAUAUUGUAAAAAACGCAUAUAUAUCUAAAUAUGAUGGAAAAUUCUUUGGUGAUAGCACUUCAUUUGAUAAUCAUCAAAAAACUCACAGUGGAGAGAAACCUUACUUGUGUAAGCACUGUGGAAAAGCUUUCAGCACACACAGUGAUUGUCAGAGACAUGAACGCACUCACACUGGAGAGAAACCCUAUGAUUGUAAGCAAUGUGGGAAAGCUUUCAGGACCCAUAGUGAUUGUCAGAGACAUGAACGCACUCACACAGGAGAGAAACCCUAUGAAUGUAAGCAAUGUGGGAAAGCCUUCAGGACACACAGUGAUUGUCAAAGACAUGAACGCACUCAUACUGGAGAGAAGCCCUAUGAAUGUAAGCAGUGUGGGAAAGCCUUCAGCACACACAGUGAUUGUCAAAGACAUGAAAGAACUCACACUGGGGAGAAACUCUAUGAAUGUAAGCAAUGUGGGAAAGCCUUCAGCACACACAGUAAUUGUCGAAUACAUGAAAGAAUUCACACAGGGGAGAAACCAUAUGUGUGUAAGCAAUGUGGGAAAGCAUUUAGUAGGCACAGUAAUUGUCAAAUACAUGAACGAACUCAUACAGGAGAGAAACCCUAUGUAUGUAAACAGUGUGGGAAAGGUUUCAGCAGACAUGGUACUUGUAGAAUACAUGAAAGAACACACACUGGGGAAAAACCUUAUGUAUGUAAGCAAUGUGGGAAGGGUUUCAGCAGACAUAGUCAUUGUCAGAUACAUGAAAGUACUCAUGUUGGGGAAAAACCCAAUGAAUGUAAGCAAUGUGGAAAAGUUUUCAGUACACAAAGUGAUUGUCUAAGACAUGAAAGAACUCACAGUGAAGAGAAACUUUAUGUAUGUAAGCAAUGUGGCAAAAGUUUUAGGACACACAGUGAUUGUCAAAGACAUGAACGAACACACACUGGGGAGAAACCCUAUGUAUGUAAGCAAUGUGGGAAAGCAUUUAGCAGGCAUGGUAAUUGUCAAAUGCAUGAACGAACACACACUGGAGAGAAACCCUAUGUAUGUAAGCAAUGUGGGAAAGCUUUCAGCAGACAUGGUGCUUGUCAAAUACAUGAGAGAACUCACACUGGGGAAAAACCUUAUGUAUGUAAGCAAUGUGGGAAAGCUUUCAGCAGACACAGUCAUUGUCAAAUACAUGAAAGAACACAUAUUGGGGAGAAACCCUAUGAAUGUAAGCAAUGUGGGAAAGCUUUUAGCACACACAGUGAUUGUCAAAGACAUGAAAGGACUCACACUGGGGAGAAACUCUAUGUGUGUAAGCAAUGUGGGAAAGCUUUUAGUACACUGAGUAGUUGUCGUACACAUGAAAGAACUCACACAGGAGUAAAACCCCAUGUAUGUAAGCAAUGUGGGAAAGCAUUUAGCACUCGCAGUCAUUGUCGAAUACAUGAAAGAAUUCACACUGGGGAGAGACCUUUUGUAUGUAAGCAAUGUGGUAAAGCUUUUAGCACACACAGUAAUUGUCAAGUUCAUGAAAGAACUCACACUGGGGAGAAACCCUAUGUAUGUAAGCAAUGUGGGAAAGCUUUCAGCACACCAGGUUGUUGUCGAAAGCACGAAAGAACUCACAGCAGGGUGAAACCCUAUGUAUGUAAACAAUGUGGAAAAGCUUUCACAACACAGAGAUAUUGUCGAAUACAUGAAAGAAUUCACACUGGGCACAAAUCCUUUGAAUGUAAACAAUGUGGGAAAACUUUUAUAACACAGAGAGGUUGUCAAGAACAUGAAAGAAAACAUUGGAAGGAAACUCUAUCUAUAUAACUCACAUCUAUGAAUGUGAGAAAGCUCUCAAUGUGCACAGUAUUCAUCAAAGACAUUAAAGGAUUCACUAGCUAUAAACCAUAGGUAUGUAAGCAAUGAAGAAAAACUCAGCACACACAGGUAUUGUCAAAUACAUGAAUCAUAAAGGGAACCAAUGCUGUUUAAGUUACAGAGAAAACCAUCCACUUAUACUCUCAGAUAUUAAACAAGUAAUUUGAUUGUGAAUAUAUAAAGUGACUUGCACUGACCUGAAAGGACAUGAAGUGGAGAGGAGUUCUUUCUUUGUAGGCAGUAUGAAAAAUUUAAUUCUAAUUCUAACUUCAAUAACCUGGUAGGCCAGGGCCACCACCCUACCCAUCAACAUAUUUGGUCCAUAUUUGAGCAUUAGAUCAUAAAUGUACUUGAGUCCUCAGUAAUGGGGUUGUUUGUUUGCAUGUCUUCUUAGUAUUCUUUGUCAUAUCUUCACAAAUAUGAACACAGAAUCAUUCAAGGAUAACUGAGUUAAUAAUCUACAUUCCUGAUAUCCAGCAAGGUGUCAAACCACUGUUUGCUGGAUGUCUGAAGCCCUCAUGUUUUGAAUGGUCCUAUUUUGUUUAGUGUGAUCAAUCUGUACAAUUUCUAUGAUUUUUUUCCUUGUUAAAAAGUAGACAAAUAUGUAUAAAUCUAUAGAUUCUUACCAUGUGAUAUUUUAGUGCAUAAAUACUUUUAAGUAAACUAUAUUUUCAGAAAAGUUUUUGGUGAAACUUAAUAAUAACCAUAUAAAUAUCUCAGGAAUACUGAGAAGUUCUUAUAACUGAGCCUUGGGCAGUGGCUAAGAGUACCCAAGUGAACUCCUACUUGAUUUAUUCUUGUCUUCCCCUUGAAUUACCACUGUCACUUCUUUGGCUGUUUUUUGUAAGUUUACCAUGUGUCAUUCUCACCACCAGUAUUCAUUCCAUUUUGAAUCCUUGGAAUAUUCAAUAAGUGGAUAUUAUAGAAAUUUCACAGAGAUGUAUUUUAUGUGGUAUCUUUGUCUCACUAUAUUUUACAUGUGCUUAUGUUUGAGUUGGGGUAAAGGACAUUCUUGUCCAUUAUGGUGGCAACAAAGUUGAAAUUUGCUCAAGUUUAUUUUGUAUAGAUGUGAAAAGAAUCACAUUUUCUCUAGAACAGUGGUGCAAUAUAUUUUCUGGAUAUUGCAUUAAAGUCUUAUCUAAAGAUAUUGGUCUACUCUGACAUACUGUAUAUAGCGGUGCAGUAUUACAUUUAUAUUUUUAUAAGUCUACUUAAUCAUAACCUUUUCACAACUUGAUUUCCUUUGGCUAUUUCCUCAAACAGUAUAAUGGAUCAUGUUUUUAUUUGAUGUUGUGUCUUGAGUUAUUUAUGUUUUGUUCAUUUUU